AUGAUCGGGGUCGACUCCAAGAUCGGGUCUGGUGAAACGCCACCAAACCUGACACCACAGCUCGUCAAGACUUUCGACAAAGGCACAGUUGGAGGUGACGAGUAUGGCGAAUUCACCGGGUUCGGCAAGGAUGGGCAAGGCGAGGCGAUCUUUGGCCCUGCGAGUUCCGUUCCCUUGAACCGUCGCAAGAAAGUCAUCAUUGUCGGGGCAGGCAUCAACGGAAUCCAGCAAGCGACCGUCCUCCUGAAGGAUGGCUACGUCAAACAUGGCGACAUCCAGAUCCUGGAUGCACUCGACGCCUACGGCGGCGUCUGGCAGAAGAACAAGUACCCUGGCUGUGCAUGCGACGUUCCCGCAAUGAUCUAUACGACUUCUUAUCACAUCAAUAAAAAUUACACUCACUUCUACGCGGAAAGAGCACAGAUCGAGGAGUAUUAUACCAACUUUGCCCUCCAAUAUGGUCUUGACAAGUGCACCCAGUUCCAGAGCUUUGUCAGAUCCUGCGCGUGGGACGAGGACCUGAUGGUGUGGCAUGUGGCAGUGUCGAACAAACGGACUGGCCAGACUGAGCAUUGGAUCGCCGACUUUGUCUGUCAAUGCAUUGGAAGUCUUGAUCGACCGAAAUGGGGCAACACUCCUGGCAGAGAGAACUUCAAGGGCAUCUCCUGGCACACUGCCCACUGGAGGCACGACGUCGACCUCACCGGUAAGAAGGUGGCCAUCAUUGGCUGUGGGCCGAGCGCAGCACAGCUUCUGCCCGAGAUCAUCGACAAACCUGAGCAUCUGACUGUGUAUAUGCGGACCCCGCCGGUCUGUGUUGCAAGAGGUGAUUUUGCGUACUCGGGUCUCUUCCGGUGGGCCCUGAAAUGGAUACCCUUGUUUGCGUGGGUGGUCAGGACUUACAUGAACCUGGAGAUGAUGCGGGAAUGUCGCCCGAUGGCCACAGACGGCGACCCCAUGAAUGACAAGAUGACCGAGGAAGCCAUCAGGUACAUGGAGUCACAGAUUUCGGACCCAGAACUGCGGGAGAAAGUCCGACCUCAUUCAAAGUUUUUCUGUAAACGACCGCUCCACCUCGACAAGUUUUAUUCCUCUUUGGCAAAAAAGAACUGCACGGUGUUGAGAGAAGACCUUGUCCGGUACACCGAAAAGGGUGUGUUGUCCAGGGACAAGUCGACCGGCAAGGAGACGGAGCGGGAGUACGACAUCAUCAUCUUCGGCACGGGCUUCAACGUCGCCCAAUUCCUCGAGCACGAAAAGGUGACGGGCCUCAACGGGCUCGAUCUCCAGGUCAAAUGGAAAGAACAUCCCGAAGCUCUCUACGGCCUGGCAACCAGCCAAUUCCCCAACAUGUUCUACUGCUUUGGUCCGAACUCGGCCCACGUCUGGUCCUCGCAGCAGGACAACUGGGAGCGACAAGCGCGGUUCGCGGCCAAGGUCGUCAAGGAGGCGGUCCUGAGGCAGAAGAGAGGCGUCAAGCUGGCGAUCCAUCCACGGCGAGAUUUUGAGCACGAAUACAACCUCGAGGUCCAGCGCAGGCAGACGGGGACGUUUGUCUGGGCCCGUCCGGACUGUGUCACGUACUACAAGAACGAUGACGGGUGGAAUACCUUCACCAUGCCCUGGACGUGGUGGCAGUUCCGGCGCAUGUUGAGCAAGAUUCGUUGGGACCAGUGGGAGGUCAUUGAGAAGCCGGUGAGCAAGGUGCAGAUUGAGGGGAUGUAG